AUUAGCCCAGUUCGGAAAAGAAGUGUAUGACUCAAAUGGGUAAAAAAGCAUUCUCAUCAAACCUUCUUGUCUUCUUCUUCUUUAUCUUUCUUCCUUCGCUUCUUCUGUGUAGUUGUUGUGACCCUGCGUGUAAGGAGAUUAAUAGGAGAGAUAUUAAUGGAGCUGAGACCAAUGGGUUGUUUGUUUUUGGGAGUUCUCUGGUUGAUAAUGGAAACAACAACUUCUUGAAGAACUCCACCUCUAGAGCUGAUUAUCUGCCUUAUGGGAUAGAUUUUCCUCUUGGGCCUACUGGAAGGUUCUCUAAUGGAAAGAAUGUGAUUGAUGAGUUAGGAGAGUUGCUUAAGCUUCCUUCUUUCAUCCCAUCAUUCAAAAACCCCACUUCGAAGGGACAUAAUAUCCUUCAUGGUGUCAACUUUGCCUCUGGUGGUUCUGGUAUACUUGAUGACACUGGUUCCAUUUCAGGCUGUGUGAUCACUUUGAGGAAGCAAAUUAGGAAUUACCAGAAGGUCACAUUGCGACAAUUAGCACAUCAAUUAGGGCGUGGAAGCAAGAACUCACUCAUCUCCUCCGGUAUCCUCUCGAAGUAUUUGUUUGUGAUUGGAACAGGUGGGAAUGACUAUCUAUUGAAUUACUUUCUAAGAAACUCCACUAGUAGUGCCAGUCUUGAAGCUUUCACUGCAAAUCUGAUUAGGGUACUAUCUAUGAAACUCAAGAAAUUGUAUAGUUUGGGAGCUCGGAAAUUCGUGUUGAUAUCGAUAUAUCCGAUCGGAUGCAUUCCUGUAGUUAAGACGAAAUUUCGAAUCCGUCAGGGUUGCAUAUUACCCCUUAAUCAAGCUGCCUCUCUAUUCAAUUCUGAAUUGAAAUCCUUGGUUGAUGUGAUUAAGCCUGACAUGCCAGGUUCUAAUCUAGUUUAUGUUAAUUCUUACAAAAUCAUCGAUGAUAUUAUCGAGGACCCUAACCCUAGAGGUUUUAAAGAUACAAGCAAUGCUUGUUGUGAAGUAAGUGUGAGGAAAGAAGGUGGGAGUGGGGUAUUAUGCAAGAGAGGAGGGAAUACAUGUGGAGAUAGGAAUUCUCAUGUCUUCUUUGAUGGGUUGCAUCCAACUGAAGCUGUAAACAAGUUGAUAGCAAAGAUUGCUUAUGCUUCAAGUUUCACUGUUGAAACUUACCCCAUAAAUGUUAAAGAACUAGCCAAGCUUUAAGUCUUC